GAGAGAGAGAGAGAGAUGGGAGGGGUGCUCUAGAACUCUAUAUGAUAUGUCGAGGUGCAAAGUUUAGUCCCAUUUCAGUGGCAUCCUUGGAAUAAAUGUUUUGCACUUUUCAGCAGAGCAAUGUGUGGAUAGAAUUACAAUGAGACCUUUAAACAUCUAAGAAAAUCAUCUCUCCGACUCUUCUCCUUUAGAGUGUGUUUUCUACCAGCAUGAGUUCGGAGUGCACCAGCUACUACAGCGCAGAGAAUGUGUUUAUGAACGGCUCUUCCUGUCCUAAAGAAGGGAGCGAUCCGAGCGCGACAUUCUGCUGCGGAUUUAACGAUAUCAAGUAUUGCUGUGAUGAUCCCAACAGCUUUUUCCCUUAUGAGUAUGGAUACAUGUGGUGGCUCAGCUUUGGGGCUCUGAUAGGUCUGUCCAUAGCAGCGGUGGUCCUCCUGGCCUUCCUCAUCACAGUCUGUGUCCUCUGCUACCUCUUCAUCGCCACUAAGCCCAGUCGCCUGGACAACGGCCUACCACUACGAGCACCAGGGUUGGAACCCAGUGAGGGCCCCAGCCACUCCGGCCCAGCACCUUCCAUCGGCCCUCACGGCUUCAGGAAGCACUUCUUCAGCAGGAAGCUGGACUGUGACAACCAGCCACCCGACCCUGAGAGAUUGUUCCAGAGGUGCUUCGUCACCACCGUCAACAUGGAGGGCCCAUCAUAGUGCUCAAAAUAUGGAGGGCACUUUGUAGGAUGCUUAGGAGGUAAUGGAGGGCCCUUCAUAGUGCUCAAAAUAUGGAGGGCACUUUGUAGGAUGCUUAGGAGGUAAUGGAGGGCCCUUCAUAGUGCUCUUAAUAUGGAGGGCACUUUGUAGGAUGCUUAGGAGGUAAUGGAGGGCCCUUCGUAGGACGCUUAAUAUGGAGGGUACUUUGUAGGACGCAUAAAGGCCCAGUGCAGUCAAAAACGUGAUUUAUUUGUGUUUGAUAUACGCUGCUCAAAAAAAUAAAGGGAACACUUAAACAACACAAUGUAACUCCAAGUCAAUCACACUUCUGUGAAAUCAAACUCUCCAAUUAGGAAGCAACACUGAUUGACAAUAAAUUUCACAUGCUGUUGUGCAAAUGGAAUAGACAAAAGGCGGAAAUUAUAGGCAAUUAGCAAGACACCCCCAAAAAAGGAGUGAUUCUGCAGGUGGUGACCACAGACAACUUCUCAGUUCCUAUGCUUCCUGGCUGAUGUUUUGGUCACUUUUGAAUGCUGGCGGUGCUCUCACUCUAGUGGUAACAUGAGACGGAGUCUACAACCCACACAAGUGGCUCAGGUAGUGCAGUUCAUCCAGGAUGGCACAUCAAUGUGAGCUGUGGCAAAAAGGUUUGCUGUGUCUGUCAGCGUAGUGUCCAGAGCAUGGAGGCGCUACCAGGAGACAGGCCAGUACAUCAGGAGACGUGGAGGAGGCCGUAGGAGGGCAACAACCCAG